AUGCUGCUCUGCCGCUGGCCCCGCGCUAGUGCUGCACACCUGCGGUCGCGCCCCACUGCUCCCGCCACCGACCAUCGCCCCGCCUCGCCUCGCACCGCAGCUACUGCUUCCUGCGCGUGCCCACUGCGCACGCGCGCGCGCCGCCCUUCUCCCCUCGCCGCCUGCGCCGCGCACGCCGCCGCCCCUGCAUCACCUCUGCCCCGCGGUCGGCCGGCGAGCCACGCCGCCGUCCGUGCGCCCGGGACCGGCGACCCGGCGCCCACAACCCCGCUCGGGUGCCCCGCCAAGUCCUGGCGCCCGAGACCCGCUAAGGCCCCCAGGGCCCUAUGA